AUGAACAAUACUAUGGCGGCAAAUCAUCGGCAUUCCGAGGACGAUCGUAACGAUGCUGCUUCGAAUCCAGAACUGACAUCUCGGCUAAACAACAGUCACGAUACGAGUGGCAAUCAUGGAGCUGAUGAUAGUGAAAAACAUGAUGGAAAAAAGGAGCUGACGGAAGCAGCGGCCUAUGACAAGCUGGGCUACAGUUUUCCAGUGUGGAGAAAGUGGCAGAUUCUGUGCGUGAUGUUUUGUAUUCAGAUUUCGAUCAAUCUGAAUGCGAGUCUUUAUGCCAACGGCGUUCAGGCGAUCUCCCAGGAGCAUAAUGUCAGCCAGCAAGUUGCAAGGAUCCCACAAUUGACUUUCCUCUGCGCUUAUGCCUUUGGUUGUGAGCUUUGGGCACCAUGGAGCGAAGAGCUUGGACGAUGGCCCACACAGCAGCUUAGUCUGCUUCUUGUCAACAUAUGGCAAUUCCCAUGUGCGUUUGCUCCCAACUUCGCAACUUACGUUGUAGUGCGCCUCCUCGGCGGACUAAGUACAGCUGGUGGUUCGGUCACAUUGGGAGUCAUUGCAGAUAUGUGGGAACCUGAUGAUCAAGAAUAUGCUGUCGCUUUUCUUGUACUGUCUUCUGUGGGUGGGUCGGUUGUCGGUGCGGUGGUGGGUGGUUUCGUGGAAGUGCGCCAGCCCUUGAGAUGGAUCUUUUGGGUUCAACUAAUUGCCGGAGGCGCUGUUCAAAUAAUGCACCUUUUCCUGGUUCCAGAAACACGAGCUACCAUCAUACUCGACAGGGUAGCAAAGAAAAGACGAAAGGCUGGUCCGGGAGCGGUCAACAUUUGGGGACCACAUGAGAUUCACGGCUACUCUCUAUCUCCACGCGAAAUUUGGGCUGUGUGGAAGCGACCAUUCAAAAUGCUACUCACCGAGCCUAUUGUGUUGUGGCUUUCGUUGCUGAGCGGCUUCAGUGACUCCUUGAUCUUCACCUUUCUUCAAGGAUUCCAGCCGAUCUACAAGCAAUGGGGCUUCGGAACAAUUCAAAUCAGCCUCGCUUUUAUCCCACUUCUUAUUGGAUACUUCCUUGCUUACCUUUCGUUUCUUCCGUCCAUUCACAUGUUUAGACAAAGGCGACGAAAGUAUGGUUCCGAAUCCGUCCCUCCAGAAGCACGCUUGUGGUGGCUACUUUACGUGAUUCCAUGUCUACCUAUCGGUCUGUUUGGUUUCGCAUGGACGAGUCUUGGUCCACCACAUGUUCCCUGGAUUGCCCCAAUGCUGUUCACAAUGGUUAUUGGCAUUGCUAAUUAUUCCAUCUAUCAAUCUUCCAUUGACUAUACAGUUGCUGCUUAUGGCGAGUAUGCAGCAUCUGCUACAGGCAGCAACGAUUUUGCUCGCGAUUUCCUUGCCGGAAUAGCGGCUAUGUAUUCUACUCCAAUGUUUGAAAACAUUGGACAUACGCACUCGUAUGAAUACGCUUCGACAAUUCUCGCCUGUGUCUCCAUACUUGUCACAGCACCUAUAUACUACUUUUAUCGCAAUGGGCCAGCAAUUCGUGAACGAUCCCCAUUUGCAAAGAAGAUGAUGGAACAUACAAAGAAACGGCGAUUAUCUCGUGUCGCCAACGAAGAGAAAAAAGGAGGCCAGGAACAUCACAUAGAGGAUGCCCAAGAGUCUAACGCAUGA